AUGACCCCUGCACGAGGAUUCGACUUCACUGGAGAUGUCGCAAUUGUCACUGGCGCAGGCUCCCGAAUGGACGGCGAAAUCGGCAAUGGUAGAGCAGCUGCCAUUCUACUUGCACGCCACGGUGCUAAAGUCGCCCUUGUCGACUUCAACGUGGACUGGGCUAAGGAGACCAAGAGGAUGAUUGACGAGGAGGGAGGUGUUUCUGAGGUCAUCCAGGCCGAUGUCACAAAAGAGUAUUCAUGCAAGAAUGCCAUCGACAAAACGGUUGAGCUGUGGGGAGCUGUGCAUAUCCUUGUCAAUAUUGUGCUCGGUGGAAACCCUAGUCUGCUGUACCCUACGACCAAGGGAGCCAUUAUUCAGAUGACUCGUGCUAUGGCCGCACACCAUGGCAAAGAAAACAUCCGUGUCAACUGUGUCGCCCCUGGAAUGGUCUACACCCCCAUGACAAGGGGACGCGGAAUGACAGAUGAGAUGAGACAGGCGAGGAUCAACCAGAACUUGAUGAAGAAGGAGGGUACUGGUUGGGAUGUCGGAUACGCCAUUCUGUUCCUGGCUAGCAAGGAAGCUGGCUGGAUCACUGGUCUCAUCAUGCCUGUUGAUGGAGGAACUACUGCUGGCAAGGCCGACAGACCAGCACUGAAGGCUGACACGUUAGCAGAGGUGAAUACCGGUAUCCAAAAUUGA